AUGGAAACAGAAAAAACAUACUCCCUCGGCUACAGUCCCGCAGUAGUCAACCGGCACUCUCUCCGCCGCGCCUCAACCUGCUGUUCCUAUUUCCUCCCACACCUAACCCCCACAUCCCGGGUCCUCGAUCUAGGUUGUGGACCCGGCUCUAUCACAACAGACAUCGCCUCACUUAUACCCUCGGGCUCCAUCACCGGUCUCGACGCCGGAACAUCAGUAAUCGAGAUUGCCAAUGCGAAAGCCAAGGAGCUGGGAUUGAAAAAUUGUGAUUUUCAAGUAGGUGAUGUGAUGAAGAUAACUUUUGAGGAUGAGACUUUCGAUGUGGUGUAUACGCAUCAAUUACUUAUUCAUUUGCCGGAUCCGGUGCAGGCGAUGAGGGAAAUGAAGAGAGUGUGUAAGAGUGGGGGAUUGGUGGCGUGUAGGGAGAGUGAUAUGGGAGAUGCUGUGUUUUAUCCUUCUAUGGCUGGCUUGAAGAGAUCGGUGGAGAUUAUGGAGGCGAUGAUUAUUGAGAAGGGAUCGCAGCCUCGUGCGGGAAAUUUCUUGGGGAAGUGGGCUAGGGAUGCGGGGUUCGAAGAGGAGAAGGUGGUGGAGAGUUAUAGUUAUUUGAUGCAGCCGAGUUGGAAGAAUUCGCUGAUGACUGGUGAUGUUGGCGAGAAUGCGGUGAGGUUGGGGGUUGUGGGAAGUAAAGAGGAAGUUGAAGACAUGAUUGCGGAGUGGGAUACUUGGGAAAAGACGGAAGGAUGCUGGUGGAAGACAGGGUGUGGUGAGGUUGUUUGUUGGAAAACGUGA